AUGAUGAGUGAUGAGAUUACUUACACAACUGUGAGAUUCCAUAAGUCUUCAGACUUGCAGAACAGAGGAAGGGCUGAUGAGACCCAAGGGCCCAGAGAAGCUGGUCAUAGAGAAUCUUCAGUCCCUUGGCACUUCAUUGUGAUACCUCUGGGAAUCCUUUGUUCCGUUCUGCUGGUGACAGUUGCAGUGUUGGUGACACACAUUUUUCAGUAUAGUCAAGAAAAACACAAACUACAGAAAAAUCUAAACAACCACAAUCAGAGAUACAUCACCAUGCAAACUAACAGCUGCUUAAAUGAAACUUUGAGAAAUAAGUCUAGAGAGGAUUUCAAACAUCAAAAGGAACCAAAUUCCCUCGACAGAAAACAGAACAGAUGCUGUGCGAAAACUAAGGUCAUUUUAGAUUGCAUACAGAGUACAGGAAAACCUGUUGAAGGACAUUUGUUCUGCUAUGGCAUAAAGUGUUAUUAUUUCAUCAUGGAUGAUAAACACUGGAGUGGAUGUGAACACACCUGCCAGGACUGCAGCUUAUCCCUUUUGAAGAUAGAUGAUGAUGAUGAACUGAAGUUCUUACAGUCCCAGGUUACUACAAACGGAUACUGGACUGGAUUAAAAUAUAAUGGAAGCAAAGGAGAAUGGCAAUGGAUUGGCAAUGUCCCAUCUAACCUUAAUUUGACAACAGUGAAAGUAUUAAAGGAAAGUGGAGCCUGUGCAUAUCUCAGUUUUGGAGGAAUACAUGAAGACGACUGUGGUAGAAAACACCCUUGUAUCUGUGAAAAGAGAAUGAAUAAAUUCCCUGUUUCCAUGUACAGUGUGAAGGAGAAGUAA